CUCUCGACAGUAAUUUUGAUAAAUUUGUGCUUUUUAAAGUAUAAAACUUCAUCGGAAUCGCGUAAUUCAGAAUGAGUCGUCGAAAACGUGACAUUUCUCCGGAUUCGUCCAGUAAACGUAACCGUAUUCGGAAGGACAACAGUAGCUAUGGUGAAAACGAGAGCGAUCCUGAUGGGGAAUACACCAGUCAACUGUCAGCUACUUCGUUGUCACAAGCAGGAUCGAUUGAGUUGGCCAUAAUACAUGACAUCCAGCAGAACGUCCGGAGUGGUAAAAUCCUGAAGAUUCAGCUGAAAAACUUCAUGUGCCACCGUAAUCUGGUGGUGGAGUUCAACAAGCGCGCCAAUCUCCUGGUCGGUAACAACGGAAGCGGCAAGAGUGCCGUUUUGGCGGCUCUUACUAUCGGACUUGGUUGCAGUGCUAAUCUCACCAAUCGAAGCAGUAGUGUGAAGCAACUAAUCAAACAUGGGGAAACGCAAGCAUCGAUUGAGAUACACUUGGAAAACGACAGCUUUGAUGCUUUUGAGCGGGAUGUUUACGGUGACAAGAUUAUCGUUGUCCGCACGAUCAAUGCUUCCGGUGCCACGAGUUACAAGAUGAAAAGUGAGACUGGCAGUGUCAUAACCACAAGCCGAAGUGAGCUACUUAAGAUGAUUCUGUAUCUGAACAUCCAAGUCGAUAAUCCGGUGUGUGUUCUGAACCAAGAUUUGGCAAGAUCGUUUUUAAAGGAUUCCGAUGAAAAGAAACAGUACAACUUGUUUCUGAAAGCAACUCAGAUUGAUGCCAUCACCUCCAAGUUGAAUGGUUGCACACCUCAGCUGGAAAAUGCAAAGCACAACUUGGAUUGUAAUGAGAAAAGUUUGCAGUAUAUAGAGCGGGAGAUUGUGGAUAUGCAACAGAAGUACAACAGCUUACAAUCGGUUGAAAAGCUAAAAGAUCAUGUAAAGGAGUCUCGCCUAAAGUUGGGCUGGCGAAUUGUGACGGACCAGAGUGCCGAAUGUUCGCUCAUGGAAGACAAGUUGCGAGAUAAACUGAAAACGAUGAAGGAACAUAUGCAUGCCAUACAAAAUAGGGAGGCAAUUGAGGUGGAAGUCGAUCGCACGGUUCAGCGCUAUCGAAACGAUAUUGAUGGGAAGAAGACCGGCUUUGUGGAGUUGAAGGAAAAGUACACGCAGGCAAGAAUUGUAGGCCAACAGCUGCAGGAGCAGCUGUCCGACAAAAGUCGCCAGAUGAAGAAAGUUAAGGAUCGCAUGGCGCGUCAGGCAGAGGAUAUCAAGAAUUUGGAGACGGAUUUGAAACAGCGCAGCGAGUCGGGAUUCAACCGAGUAGCUGAUGAAAAACGACGGAACGAGCAGAUGUUAGCUGAAUUAGCUGAGAAAAAGCGUGAUCUGCAAGCGAUGAUCGAUAAUGCAAAGCGAGACGUUGACACCCUACAUAAUACGAUGAACCAGAUCAACGAAGCCAAAGAGGAAGUCAACAACAAAAGAGUGGCUAAACAGCACGAGAGAUCUCGCACAGAAAGUCAGCUUCAGCAGUUUGAAAAUUCAUCCCGCGACAACCUAUCAGUCUUCGGCCAGAAAAUGCCCGCCUUUGUGGCUAAGAUCAAGCAGAUGCAUCAACAGGGUCGUUUCUCCGAACUGCCACGUGGUCCUCUGGGUCAGUACAUCAAGGUGAAGGACAAGAAGUGGACCGCCAUGGUCGAGACGGUCAUUGGUCCGGGAAUGCUGACGGCAUUCUACGUGAACUCGGAUGCCGAUCGCACCUCGUUGAAUCAGCUCAUUCAACGGGAAUUUCCGGAAAUGCGCGGCCGUACUAUUAUAACGAGUCGUUUCCACAAGGAAAUGUACGAUGUGCGUGCAGGACGCGUUGAAGACGUGCAGAAUGCCCAUCUGCUGAUGAAUCUGAUCAACGUGAGCGAUCCAGUUGUGAUGAACUGUCUCAUCGAUCAGAUUAAGAUUGAAACAGUACUGGCUGUUGAGGAUCAAAACUUGGCCAUUCAUCUUACCAGUCAUACGGAAAAUGUUCCGACAAAUCUGCAGAAGGUGGUCGUGAUGGAACCGUUUUCUGAAUUUUACCCAGUGCCAAACUACCGAAGCUAUGGGCUGCAGAGGCGACCGGCACGGUAUUUACAGGUCAACAUGGCAGAAUUGAAGAAGCAAACCGAACGUCGAAUGCAGCAGCUUGAUCAGGAACUGCAAGAAAUAAAGCAGCAAAUCGAGGUAGAAACCCACAAGCAGAACGACAAACAACGAUCGUUGCACGACAAGCAACGUCAGCUGACCAAACAACAGCAAGAAUUGAACACUUUAGAGCAGAAAAUCAACGAACUCAGGGCGAUCGAGUAUCCUGCCGAGUCGGAAGACAUGACAUUGCAAAACGAGCUGGACGAGCUGAAGGCUUCCCAGGAGAAACUGAACGAAGAGUUGAAACACGAGGAAUCCAAGCUGGCAUCGUUCAAGCAGGAAAUAGCUGCGCAAGAGCGCAACAUUCACGAGAAGAAGGAUCACAUGACAAAGAUCGAAAACGAGAUGCAGGAAAUACAGGACAAGAUCGAUGCCGAACUGCAGAAGCGUCACGACAUGCAAGCCAACUCCAAGACUAAGCAGCAACAGUUGGAACGGCUGCGAGAGGAGGUGCAGACACUGCAAUCCAAGCGGAACGAACAGAAACAAGCACUGGAGACUGUGACACAUGAGGCACAAGAACUGGGAGAUCGCAUUGAGGUGACCGAAACGCACGAACAGCUCAAGAAAACUAUUUCGUCGACAGAGAACCGGAUCAAGCACAUCAAUUCCGCGAACGAGGACAUUGUGGACGUCAAAGCCAUUCUAGACAAUAAGCUGAUGAAGCGAGAUACGGCCCUGCGGUACACGGAUUCGCUGAAGAAAGUUAUCAAAACCUUGCAGAACUCCCGUGUGGCCCGGUAUGCAUACAUACACAAACUGAAGUCGCACAUGUCCUUGAGAGUAAAACACAAAUUCAACAUGGUGAUGCAGUUGCGCGGUUUCGUCGGUGAAAUCGUGAUGGACACCAAAAACUGCACCCUGGCUCUUUCGGUGGUUCCACGCGAUAAGAACAUUUCCAAUGCGGUUUCCAACACCAAGUCCCUGUCCGGAGGGGAACGAUCCUACUCGACGGUUGCGUUCCUGAUUGCACUGUGGUCCUGCGUUGACACGCCGUUCUACUUCCUGGACGAGUACGAUGUUUUCACCGAUCAGGUCAAUCGGCACAUGAUGACGAUGUUGCUGCUGAAUGAGACCAAGAAGAAAUCGGAUCGGCAGUUUUGCUUCCUCACGCCACAGGACAUGAGCAACAUUCAGGCGAGUGAUGAACUGACGAUUCACCGUAUGGCUGACCCGGAACGUUGCUAGACGGCGGCAGGCGUUCACGAUUGAUUUUAACAAUGUAUUUUGGCUAUUUCUAAUAAUUUUAGCUUUAAUUUAGUUAGCUUU